AUGAGUGAUUAUUGGACAACAUUAGCUUCUCUAGUUGGCAUGUUAGCCUUUUGUCAAACAAUCCUCCAGCUCGUGUUCCCACCGGAGCUCCGUCUCACCGUCAUCCACUUCUUGACACGUAUCCGCCACGUGUUCUCAUCUCACAUCUACUUCGACAUAACGGAGAUUGACGGCGUCAACACAAACGAGCUCUACAACGCCGUUCAACUCUACCUCAGCUCUUCCGUCACCCUCAACGACGCCGUUUCCAGCAGCAACAACAACAACACACGUCUCAGCCUUACACGUGUCCCUAACUCAAGCUCCGUCACUUUCGGUCUCUCAAACAACGACAGAAUCACCGACGUCUUUAACGGCGUCACCGUUCUCUGGGAACACGUCGUUGUUCAACGUCAAGUCCAAAGCUUUUCGUGGAGACCAAUGCCGGAAGAGAAACGAGGGUUUACGUUACAGAUCAACAAAAGAGACAAAACCCUUGUCUUAGAUUCAUACCUCGAUUACAUUGUCGGAAAAUCCGAGGAGAUUCGCCGGAGAAACGAGGAGAGGCUACUCUACACGAAUUCGAGAGGUGUCUCGCUAGAUUCGAGAAGCCAUCCAUGGGAUUCGGUUAGAUUCAAGCAUCCAAGCACGUUCGAGACACUAGCUAUGGAUCCAGUGAAGAAGAAAAGAAUCAUGGAGGAUCUAAGAGAGUUCGCGAACGGACAAGGGUUUUAUCAGAAGACUGGUCGGGCUUGGAAAAGAGGGUACUUGUUGUACGGACCACCAGGAACUGGUAAAUCGAGUUUGAUCGCUGCAAUGGCGAAUUUCUUAGGUUACGAUAUCUACGAUCUUGAGCUCACUGAGGUUCAGAACAACUCUGAGUUGAGGAAACUGUUGAUGAAGACUAGCUCGAAGUCGUUAAUUGUUAUCGAGGACAUUGAUUGUUCGAUCAAUUUCACGAAAAGAGGAAAAUUUAAGAAGAAGAGUGGAAGUUAUGACCCGGAUUUGACAAACGGGUCGGGUUUGGACGAACCGGGAAGCUCUGUGACACUCUCGGGGUUGUUGAAUUUUACUGAUGGGCUUUGGUCUUGUUGUGGAAGUGAGAGGAUCUUUGUGUUUACGACGAAUCAUAUAGAGAAGUUGGACUCUGCUUUGUUGAGAAGUGGGAGGAUGGAUAUGCAUAUUCACAUGGGUUUUUGUGGGUUUCAAGCGUUGAAGAUUCUGUUGAAGAAUUAUCUGAGGAUUGAGGAAGAUGAAAUCGAUGGUGAUGUUUUGAAGGAGAUGGAGGAAUAUGUGGAGGAAGCUGAGAUUACUCCGGCUGAUGUUAGUGAAGUGUUGAUUAGGAAUCGUAGCGAUUCGGAGAAAGCGGUUAGGGAGAUUUUGAGUGUGUUGAAGGAGAGAUGCACUCUAAAUGCUGCUGACACCAUAUUGGUUCUUGGAGUUAGACAGACGUGA